AUGAAGCUGCUGAUCGCGUGUGUGCUGGUCGCGGCGGCGGCGGCGGCGUCCGUGGAGGAGCCGGAGCUGCCGCACCACGCGGCGCUGGACUCGGAGGGGCGCGUGCUGCUCUGGUGGCGGCCCACCGCCGACGGUCUGCUGUUCCGACUGCGGGUGGCCGCCGCCGGCUACGUGGCGCUCGGCGUCUCGCCGUCGGGCGGGAUGGCCGGCGCCGACAUCGUGGCCGCGGCGCCGGCCGCCGACGGCUCGCUGGCCGUCUGGGACCUGCACGCCACCGGCGAGACGCAGCCGCGGCUGGACGCCAGCCAGGACGUGCGCCUGCUCAGCGGCGCCGCCAACGGCACGCACACCGAGCUGCUGUUCGAGCGGCGCGACUCGUGCGACCCGGACGACGUGCCGCUGGCCGCCGACCGGGCCGUCACGCUCAUCUGGGCCUUCUCCGAGCAGCCGGUGGCGCCGGGCGCGGCCGGCAGCGGGCCGGCCGGCUGGCUCACCUACCACGGCACGCGGCGCGGCUCGCGGCUCAUCAACCUGCACCGGCCGGGCGGCGUGCACUUUGCGCCGGACACGCCCUACCUGGACAUCGUGGCACCGCAGGUGCGCCUGCCCGACGACGAGCGCACCAUGUACUUCUGCCGCAUCACCAAGCUGCCAGAGUUCCCGCGCAAGGUGCACUUUAUCGGGUUCGAGGGUCUGAUCCAGCCGGGCAGCGAGCCGUUCGUACACCACAUCAUCGUGUACGAGUGCACGGUGCCCGAGUGGCGGCGCGCCGCCUUCGAGGCGUACGUGUCGGAGCGUCAGGCGGCGCGCUGCUACAGCCCCAACAUGCCGGCCGACUGGGGUCGCUGCGGUCACAUCCUGGCAGUGUGGGCGGUGGGCGGCAGCGGCGAGCGGCUGCCGGCCGACGUCGGCAUCCCGCUGCGCGAGGAGUACGGCGGCGCCACGUACGUCAUGGCCGAGAUCCACUACGACAACCCGGCCGUGCGACCGGGCGUGGUGGACAGCUCGGGCGUGCGGCUCUACUACACCGAGCACCUGCGGCCCAGUGAGGCCGGCCUGCUCAACGUCGGACACGACAUCGCCGUCACGCAGAUGGUGCCGCCCGGCCAGACCGACUACGUGGUGAAUGGCCUCUGCCACUCGAGCUGCACGCGCCAGUGGCUGCCGGCCGGCGGCGUGCGCGUCUACUCGGUGCUGCUGCACUCACACCUGGCCGGCGCCCAGAUGCGGCUCCGGCACGUGGCCGCCAACGGCACGGAGCUGGCGCCCAUCGCCGAGGAGACCGCCUACGCGUUCAACUACCAGCAGACCCGCAGCCUGCAGCAGCCCGUGCUGGUGCGGCCCGGCGACCAGCUGCUGGUCGAGUGCGUCUACGACACUCAGCACCGGCGCAACGUGACGUUCGGCGGCCUGAGCGCCGAGAACGAGAUGUGCCUGGCGUUCGUCAGCUACUACCCGCGCGUGCCGCUCACCAUCUGCUGGAGCUCGCCAGACAUGGGCCACACCAUGGAGCAGCUGGGCAUCCAGGCGGCCAACGCCUACGGCAUGGAGCUGCCCGUGCGCCGCGCCGGAGACAUGAUCCAGCAGGUCAUCAACAACCUGGAGAGCUUCGCGCGCGCCGAGUGGGACCGCGAGGGCGCGCCGGCCGGCGGCGAGCCGGAUCCGGAGAGCGCGCAGGACGCCACGGCGCGCCACCUGUACGAGGUGGCGCUCCAGGAGCAGCGCAUCAUGAGCGACCUGCGCGCCGACAACGUCACCGCCCUGGAGGCGCUGGGCGUGCACGGCCUGCCCGAGGCGCUGCAGGACCCCUUCCUCAUCCUCAAGGACAUCCUGGUGAUCGACCCGGUCAACUUUCGGAUGAGCACGCUGUUCCAGUACGUGGUGGAGUACCCGUGGGACGCCGAGGGCGUGGCGCGGCUGCAGCGCGCCGCCACACAGUUCUACCGGCCCAAGUGUGUGUCACGGGACGGACAGAUCCGCAACACGGAGCGCCAGCGGCUCGAGAACGUGGCGUGGCGCACGCCGCCGGCGCCGGACCGCUGCAGUCAGGGCGCGCAGGACGGACGGGGCGGGGGCACGGCGGUCGAGCCGGCGGGACCCGCCGACCCGCCCUCCGAGCAGGUGACGCGGGGACCGGUGGCACGCGGCAGCGUCCAGGAGCCGGACGACCACUCGGGCGUCAGCCGCGCCGCGGCGCCGCUGACCUGGUGGCUGUGCGCGCUAGUGUGCGCCGCAGCGCUGAGGGCUGACCCGGCUCCACUAUAGGCGGCCGCUGCUGGAAGACCCGUCUCGACUGGUACUGAGAUACCGGGUUGACUGCUCUCCCGAGCGGGACUGCCAGCGAACGGCGCAUCCAGUGAAUAGGAUGCCCAGCGCCGUCCCAGCAUUCAGAGAAAUGAAGCCUCUAGCUCCGAUGAACGGAGUUUGUGUGGGCCCGUCGCCCCGUUCAGUGUCCUUUGUCACCCUGUCCACUGAACAGAGGGUCUGUCCGACUCCAGUGCGGAGCGGGACGCCGCCUGGAGCCGUCUCCAGUUGUCUGUGAUGAUAUUCGCGCGCUGCGCCCGCGGGCGCCGGUCCGGCUCGAUCUCAGAGGUGGGCGUCGGCGCCAGUCUGUCCGGCCCGGCGGACAGAGCACUGUGCCAAAGGAGCCGGCGGCGGCCGGGCGCCGUCCGUGCGGCCUCGGCCGGAGGCGCGGCGCGCCGCGGCGGCCUCGGAGCACGGCACACCGCCGGCCGCCGGCCCUCGCCGCGGAGCCGUGCUUGUUUUUAGUGUCGCCGUGCAUGUAAUCCUCUUUGGAUUUGUUUUAGCGUGUUGUUGCUAACUUGUCAGACGUCAAGGUAAGCCAUCAGGCAGCUUAUGUGGUAGCGAUGCAUCAGCUCAGUAAUCAUUUAUCACUUGACCGUCAUUACAUACUGUGUUGUCCCGUGGUGGGCCUCACGGAAGGCUCAGCGCCGGCUGUACGCCGAGGCCGAAGACAGAGACGAAGAUUUACUGUUGGAGGAGACUUCUAAAGUCAAUGAUAAUAACGCUCAUAACUUUAGAAAUGAAUGUUUAGAGUCACGGCAUGGUCGCGACCUUUUUGUCGCGAUGACGCAGCAUAUUUAGCAUAAUCAUUUGGGGGCCAUCGUGAGGCCCUAAGGUAUUAAUGGUCAGAUUCACUGACUGGUGACUCUUUGUUUCUUUUGUGCAAGUAGGUGUAUACAAUGUCAUGUUGC